CAGCGAGUUGGCAUGCUGUCUCUGUCUUUUGGCUCAGUGAGUUGGCAUGCUGUCUCUGUCUCCCAGGUUACAGAGUGCUGAGCAGGGCCGCUCGCUUUUCUCUCGCGAUCAUUGAAUCUCUCUCCCCUCCUCUCUCGCUGCUGUCACUCCAUCCCCGCUCCCAUGGCUGCUCUCCGCCGGCUCCUGUGGGCUCUCCGUGACUCCCACCUCCCGUGGUCGGGGGUCUAUGCCCGGUCAGUGUCCCUGCAGACCCCCGGGUCCCAGUCCAAUGCUAGGCCUUCCUUUCUGCUCCUGGUGUCCGGGGCUGCCGGAGCUGGGCUGGCGCUGGCUUGCUAUGUCACCUAUCGUGAGAGCCGCUUUCAGCACUGGGGAGAGCGACCAUGUCGUGACAUGGAGCCCCCAAACACCGGCACCCGGGGCCCUCGGGGAGGGACACAGCCACGGCGAGGGGCCAGCAUCUUACUGCCUGUCAGUGCUGCCAAGGACACGAGUACAGCUGGAAGACCAGACCUAGAGGAUUUGGACAUGUAUGCCAGUUCCCGGGAACAGCGUUUUCGUGUCUUUGCAUCACUGGAACACGAAGGCCAGUUGUACAUGACUCCGAGAGAUUUCAUAGAAUCUGUUACUACUGAUGAACCAAAAAAUGCUAAAAAUUGGAGGUCACUUUCAAAACAAGAGUUGACUCAGAUGCUAUUAGACACACCACCAGUUUGGAAAGGAUCAUCACGAUUUUUCCGAACGCUUGGAGAUAAAGGAAUAAUUUCAUAUACAGAAUACUUAUUUCUUCUGUGUAUUCUGACAAAACCUCACGCGGGCUUUAAAAUAGCAUUCAACAUGUUUGAUACAGAUGGGAAUCAGAUGGUGGACAGAGAGGAGUUCUUGGUGCUACAAGAGAUUUUCAGAAAGAAAAAUGAAAAGAAAGAAAGAAAGGGAGAAGAAGAAAAAUGUGCUCAACUGCGUCUUCAACUUUAUGGAUACCUUGCAACAACUAACGGUGUACUUAAAACAGAUGAGCAAGAGCAUGUCUCCAGAAGCUAUUGGGAUACACUGAGGCGUAGCACAAGCCAAGCCCUCUUUUCGGACCUUGCAGAGGGUGCUGAUGAGCUCAACAGCUCAAUGAUUCAUACCACACUUCUUGUGCACUUUUUUGGGAAGAAAGGGAAGGUUGAGUUGAAUUUUGAAGAUUUUUAUAGGUUCAUGGAUAACCUCCAAACUGAGGUGCUUGAAAUUGAGUUCCUGUCUUACUCAAAAGGAAUGAACACUAUCAGUGAAGAAGAUUUCGCACACAUUCUCCUGCGAUACACAAAUGUAGAGAAUACAUCAAGCUACCUAGAAAACGUGCGCUUCAGAAUUCCAGAGGAAAAGGGAAUCUCAUUUGAUGAAUUUAGAUCUUUUUUUCAGUUUCUGAAUAAUCUAGAAGAUUUUGCAAUUGCAAUGCAAAUGUAUAACUUUGCAAGUCGUUCUAUUGGUCAAGACGAGUUCAAGCGUGCUGUAUAUGUAGCUACAGGCCUCAAGUUGUCUCCUCAUUUGGUGAACACAGUUUUCAAGAUCUUUGAUGUCGACAGAGAUGAUCAAUUAAGCUAUAAAGAAUUUAUUGGCAUUAUGAAAGACCGUCUGCAUCGGGGGUUUAGGGAACCCUCGAAGCAUGGCUUGCAAGGCUACUACGCGUGUGUGAAGUCCGUGACGAGAAAACACAUUAGAGAGUUCUUGAGAAGUUUCAGGAACAGAGACAUGUUACGAUAAGAAGGCAGCUGCCGGGAUUGGAGCUCUGUGAAUGAAUGCAUGAGCACAGACAGAUAAUUUACCACCACCUUUCUUUCAUUUUUGCCUUAGUUAUUGAUCCAUUAAUGCACUUUUUUUAUUAUGUUGGUUUUUAUAGCAUUAAUAGAAGUAAGGAAGAUCAGCAUGUCUUUUUGAUCCAAGAGUAUUUUUUACAUAUUUAUAUUAGGCAUUAACACAAUAUUGGUAAAUAACAUAUUGCUGAAAUAUAUAUAUAGCGUAUUUUAUGACCUCCUAAAAGCCAUAUUCUGAUCACAUAUAUCUUGCUGCUCCAUACAUCCAAUUGAUCCAUUUUUAUUUAAAGAAAGCUUACAAUUAUAGUAGGUUUUAUCAUGUUGGUAGAGUGAGUAAUGGAGUAGACAUAUCUAUUUUGAUGUACAAUAUGAAUAAUAUGUGAUGUGUACAUACAUUGCUCAGCUAUGUAUGGGCAGCCUAAUAACUUGCCCUACACUAAAAUCCCCACUACAUUUCAUAGUAUAAUAUAAAACGUAUUUUAAGCAGAAUCAUUCCACUUUUACAUCUAAAAAAAUAUAGCAAUAUAACAGGUAAUUAAGCUUUUAAUUCAUAUCCAUUUAUAACUUAUAGAAAACAUGAAGAAGCUGGUUAGAUGUGUCUGUAAGACUGAAAUUCAACUUAAGUGUAAAGUAUAUAGGUUUAGGAUGAGAAAAGUAACCAAGCUAUAUAUAGUUCUGGAAGUGGUGGGAUGGAAAAUGCAACAAAUAUAAUUUACAUAGGUAUUCUUAAUAUAUGGGAAUAUUGAACUCCGCAGAGUAUCCUAUAUAUAUAUAUAUAUAUAAUGAUUUAUUUAUUACAAGAUAAUGUCAAUGUUCUGUUGGAUUUUAUGGUUAAAUGUAUUGAUGUUCUAUUGUCAGCCAAGACAAUAUCCCAUAUGAUUAACCUAUCACCCCGCAACAUUUCAUUUUUGAGAACCAUUUUUUUUUAUUUAGGCCUGUUGUGGUGGGCUUGUGACACUCCAGCUUCAUUUGCUGUGAUUGUAGACAGCUGUGUGGCUAGCUAACCAUUGUUGGAAACUGCAAAGACUGUCCAUCACGGCGUAGACACCGAUUUAACAUGGAGAAUAUCAGCUGAACCUGUUUGUACAUUCCAUGUUUAAGUGUGUAAAAUUAUUUUCUUUAAAAUCCACUGUUAUGGGAGAUUACUAUAAUUAGAAUAUGUUACAAUGAAGAAUGAUACCUAGUCCUCAACAAUUCACAGUGGUUGCUUGAGUUUAUUUAGGAAAUAAAAAAACACUGGAGGACACAGAACAUCUUUAAUGAGUUGCAAAUUAACUUCCAGACACAUCACAGACAUUCUACAACAUUGCACUGAUAUUACCAAAAUAUCUGAUAACCAAAUAAGCCUAUGUGCAUAUGAAUGAUAUUGAAGGAAUUUGAUGCUCUGGUAUAUUUAUUUAUUUUUUCUUCAAUAUAUUGCAUGUUUCACUCUUAUAUUUUAAUUAAACUGGUCAAACAAAUC